UUGCUAUCGUUUCUAUUUCUGUUUGUUUCCCAAAAUUAUCGAUUGUUUUUAUCGUCAUUAUUUUUCGUAUCGUUGCGUUUGCUGGCGUUCUCAUUGUCAACGUUUCCACUAUGCCGCGGCAUUUCAACGAUAUGCGUUCCAGCCAUGAGAGGCGUAUACAGCAACUCGAGCAGGAGGUUCUUGAUUGUUGCCGAGAACUUAAUAAGCUAAAGAAGGAGAAACAAUUUCUAGAGAAUCAAGAUCAGUUCAUCAAUUAUAUGAAGACGGAGACGCAUCUAAUCUGGAAAUUCGACAUGAGCGAGUUUCCGGUGAAAAACAUCAAACUGGAGCUUAAGAAUAGAUGCGUCAAAUUGCAAGCCUAUCGCAAGCAAACAGUCCAACUGCCAUGUCGGUUAUAUCUCGAGCUACACAAACCGAACCUGCGGAUCGUCUGACAGCUAUACAAUUGCGCUUGGAAGAACUGAAAAGCGCCUUGCCGGAAUACACCGACUUGACAGCGAAUCGUGUAGUGAAAUUUUUGCCAAAACCAAAAGUGGAAAGAAAGAGGCUAUACACUAAAAAAGAAAGAUCUACAAUCUUUAUUGGCCCCAACCUGACAAGAGUCGAUCGGACCGCCUUUCAGCGCAUAAAUUGGGAUUGUUACUCGCUGGCAACGCGGGCUCUGUUGGACGCAGUCUUCGACAAGCAGACUCUGGCCACAAGGAAUAUUUCGGGCAUAAAGCUGGGCUCAAUGGGCCGCAUGAGGUCCACGGAUUAUAUACUGGAUCCGCUGAAGGUCAGCGAUAUUGUGCAGCUGGUGCAGCACAAGUGCAAGGUCAGCGAAACGGUCAUUCGAAAAAUAAUCACCAUCAAAUGCUCGGAUACAGCCAAUACCAAGCGCUUUAAAAAUAUUAUAUAGGAUAUCACAAUGGAUAGUUCUGUAAAAGUAAAGAUUAAAAUAUUGUUUGGCUCUCA